GCGUGUCGCUUUCUGAUUGCGUCACUGUCCUGAGUAGAAGCUGUGCAUGCGGUGUAACUGGAGCAGCAGUAAACGGUUUUCUAUCUGGAUACUUCUUCACAUUUAUUCCACAACAUGUCAUCUCUACUUAAAGUCGACCGCGAGCUGAAGAGCAAAGUGGAGACGUUCAGGACUCAGAUCAGCAGUGAGGCCGAGCACCUGGUCGCCUGCUUCUUCCCUAAGAAGCUCCUGGAGUUGGAUCAGUUUCUUAGGGAGCCGAUUCUCAACGUGAGUGACCUGAAAGAAAUCCAUUCCGAGAUCAAGUUCAGAGUCCCAGAGCCCAUCCUCUUCACCAACAGCCAUGACGGCAUGGACACGCAGAACACCAGGAAGAGGAAGCUUGAAGAUGGACUCGCUGAUGAGAGCUGGCAAGGCGGAGCCAAAACAGCUAUGAUGCCGGAGGGGAUAAUAAAAUGUAACACCAAGCUGGUGGACCUGAUCGAACGAGUCAAACCCGAGAUCCGCACGCUGAUCGAGAAGUGUAACACAGUGAAGAUGUGGGUCCAGCUGCUCAUCCCCAGGAUAGAAGAUGGAAACAACUUUGGAGUGUCCAUACAGGAGGAGACUGUGGCAGAGCUGAGGACGGUGGAGUCAGAGGCAGCAUCUUACCUGGACCAGAUCUCCAGAUAUUACAUCACAAGAGCCAAGCUGGUCUCCAAAAUUGUCAAGUACCCUCACGUGGAGGACUACAGGAGGACCAUAUCAGAGAUCGAUGAGAAGGAGUACAUCAGUUUGAAGAUCAUCGUCUCAGAGCUCAGAAACCAAUAUGUCAUCCUUCAUGAUAUGAUCCUGAAGAACAUUGAGAAGAUCAAGAAACCAAGGAACAGCAACGCUGAGGCUCUUUACUGACAACCUACACACACACACACACACACACACACACACACACACACACACACACACACACAACAUAAGCUCAGUCAACAAUACUGACCAAUAAUUCUAUUUUCUGUUGUAUGGACUAUCUGAUACUUUUAGGUUUUUACAACCUCAGGACAAUUCAUGACGUGUCACAUCAGACUCUACUUGGACAGAUAUUUGCUGUUGAAAAAUAGAAAAUGAAAGGGGCUCACUACACUCUACUAUAUGUAUAACCCCUGCUGUCUUGGUCCAUAGUGAUCUAGAGUAAACCAUAGAUAUGCACCUCCAGUUUGUACUCCGCAGCUUGACCUCGGAAUCUUUCCCAUAAGUACCGGGCUGCAAGAUGUAGUUAAAAAGACCGCCCUUCCCCCUCUGCUCCACUGGGAGUGAAGCUUAGAGCCUCCUUCUGCUUCUCUUCCUGUCAGGGUCCUGGUUGAGUUUUUUGUUCUCAUGGAUGCCGUGCCUCUCCCAGGAUUUUUUAAUCUGUUUUUGACAGUUUUUUUUUGCUCCUUCCAUUUAUUUAGUUUAUUCCCUGUGCCUGGAACUUGGAAUUGUUUUUUAAUUUGAAACUCCAACUCCAAGCCAGUCCGCUCCAGGCUGCCCUUAAACUGUUAAAAACUCCCUUCCCAAACAAUAUGCAGACCGAGAUCUGACUGAAAAGUUUAUCCGACAGGACUUGGUCUUGACAUGAAGAAUAUUCUUUAUUCUAACAGUGUUUGUUGUAUCGUGGCGUCACACUGUUAUUGGAAACCCAUUCAGCCUGCCCUCCUCUUACUGUGAAACAUAGUGCACAACAGGUGGGACCUAAGUCACCCUUUCCAAACCAAAAUAGGGUUUUGUGUUCUUCUACACAAUGCACACUCAACAUUGUGCCUCCUGGUAUCUGUCUCUUGUGAUCAAGCAGGCUUGAACUGGAACUCAAAAAGUUUGGUCAAAUGUCAAAAAGAGUGUCUGUAGUUCCAUGAAGCCAUUCUAACUUUGUUUUUUUUAGGCCCUGCACAGUUGAUAUCAGUUUCAAACUGGACUCUUCAGUUUUCACCAGAUUAAUUCUGCUAUUAUAAUGUUAUUUUGUAUUUUGUUCACUUUGGGAUGCCAUAUUGAAGCCCGGUGCUUUAAUGAACUUUUGCAAAUGACCGUAUGGAAAAUUACAGGACCGUCUUUAAAAUGCAUGCACAAAUGUUUUUAUUUCAACUUUUUACGCAAAUAAAGUGAUAAAGGAACAAA